AUGGAAGAGGAGUUAAACUUAACACGCCAAAAGCUCUCCGACUUGCAGGCAAAAAUAUUAAAUGCAAAUCUAAGUAAAGAAAGCUUUGAGAACAAUGAUGAAAAGUGUAAAUUUUACACUGGCCUACCAAAGUUCCUAGUACUGUUGCAGUUGUUUCGUUUGUGUGAAYCCUGGAUCACACAAACUGAAAGAUCAGCAUUAGGAAAGUUUGAGCAACUUAUACUUGUUCUCAUGAGACUCAAACUGAAUCUACCUUUGCAGGACCUGGCCUACAGAUUUGGAAUUUCUAGUUCAACAGCCUCUAGACUUUUCAAUAAAGUACUGAGCAUUUUACAUAGCAGAUUACAGUUCCUGAUUGAAUGGCCAUCGAGAGAGACUUUGUGGGCCACAAUGCCAAUGGAUUUUAGAAAGUCAUUUGGUAGCAGAGUUGCAGUUAUUGUUGACUGCUUUGAAGUUUUUAUAGAAAGACCAUCAAAUUUAUUAGCUCGGGCCCAAACAUGGUCAAACUAUAAGCAUCACAAUACUGUGAAAUUUUUAAUUGGUAUUGCUCCUCAAGGCCUAGUAACAUUUAUAUCCAAGGCAUGGGGAGGGAGGGUAAGURAUAAACAGAUCACAGAAGAGAGUGGAUUGCUGGAAAACCUACUUCCAGGAGAUGUGAUAUUGGCUGACCGUGGGUUUAACAUUGAAGAUAGUGUUGGUGUUYAUUGUGCAACCUUAAAAAUUCCAGCCUUUACAAGAGGGAAAACACAGUUAUCAGCAUAUGAAGUGGAGGAAACAAGAAAGAUAGCCAAUGUCAGAAUACAUGUUGAACGAGUAAUUGGAUUGGUGAGACGGAAGUACCAAAUUCUACAGAGCCGUGCACUAGCAGUAGAGCAUAUGCACACCAAACCUGGGGAGUCACACUCUACGAUUGAUAAAAUUGGAGCAGUUUGCUGUGCUCUGACUAACUUAUCCGAAUCUGUUGUACCUCUAGAGUAA